AUGGGUGCGGCGGCGGUGGCGAUCGCGGCGGCCGGGGGUCGGUGGUGCCGGUGCGGCGGGAGGGGGCGGUGCCAGGCGGACCCGUGCGGGGUCCUUUGCCUCCUGCUGACCUACCUCAGCGUGGGCUACGCCGACUACGUCGUCCUGGAGCACGUCCUGCUUCAGCCGGGGUUCCGGGCGAGCCUCUGGUGUCCGUUCCACGCCGUGGCGUUCAACUUCAUUGUUGUCAUGCUGCUGGCCAGUCACACGCGGGCUGUCUUUGCUGAUCCAGGCAUGGUCCCGCUCCCUGAUACUGCCAUUGACUUCUCUGACCUCCGCAGCAGCAGCAGCAGCGGUUCAUCCCACAAGAGCAGCCGGAAUAACGAGGACUGGACAGUGUGCAACCGCUGCGAGACUUACCGGCCGCCUCGGGCUCACCACUGCCGCGUCUGCCACCGCUGCGUGCGCCGCAUGGAUCAUCACUGUCCGUGGAUAAAUAACUGUGUUGGAGAACUGAACCAGAAAUACUUCAUCCAGUUUCUCUUCUAUACAGGGUUGGCUAGCCUUUACGCCAUGGGGCUGGUCCUGACCACCUGGCUUUGGCCCCUGGACUCAACCGGAGCCGAGGAAAGCGUUUCUGGCCAUCCGCUCCGAGCCUGGUUUCCAUCAUCACAGACAGAGACCCUCUCGGAUCGAAAGCAGCUCCAAGAAUCCCACUUGCGGAAGGGAGCCGUGAUCGAGGAAGGUGCAGCAACAAUAACGGAAGCCCAAGAUCGCCCUUCUGCGGGAGGUGUUUGGCCGAGGCUUCAUGAUCUGCUGGUUCUUCCCAUGCAACUGCAGCUCUCCAUCAGCCAGCGGACCCUCUUACAGCUACCUGCCCAACUACGAUGUGUGACCUUGUUGCAUCGCUCCUGGGGAGCGUUUCCCUCAUUGCUCUUACCAUCUUCCUCUCCUGCAAAGAGCAAAGGCCUUGGUUUCAUUCAGUUCCUUGCUAUAACCUGUGAAGGACAAGAAGGCGACGGCUGCGGGGCGAAACCUUGAAUCACAGAAAGGGGCCCACGCCCGAGCCCCGUUUGCUGUGGGGAAUAAGCAUGCACGUCUCUCUUCACCUCCCAUAAGAUGGAGGUCAGUAGGUCACCGGAAGGGCCCCUAAGUGCUGGACUCAUCUGCGGGUUGCUGAGCACGAGUUUCCUCAGAACUGGGGGGGUCCGGUCCCUCAGGGAAGCUGGCCACGUGAGAGGAUCAGCCUCCAGAAAUCCUCUCGAACAAAUAUCGGGGUCCCAGCUGCGUGGAGUGGGGGGUCUCUGUCCCUUCCCAAACCAAGCUCUCGCACAUCCUUCCCCGGGCCUCAAGUUUCUUAAGGAGGUGCGUUCUCCUCACCGCUUGCUCGAUCCGAAUCUGAACAUCGGGCUGACCCAUCGGGAGAAGAACAAGUGAUCUGCAAGAACCAUCUGACCUCUUGCUUUGACUCUCUUCCUGGGUCAACGCCAAAGUAUCUUUAGCGAAACGUAGACUGACGCCAACCGACUCAACCCUCCUGCUCACGGUGGCUAAACAGAAGGCAAAGCAAGAGCUCCGAAUCUUGCCACAAGGGACUUUUGACCCUUUCAGCUUGUUUGAGCCUCUUCCUUGUGUAAGUCAGUUGGAGGGGGAAGGUUAGAGGAGGUUAGAGGAAGUGCCAGGUUAAUAGAAGAUACGUACAGGCCUUCGGAUUCCUGCUGAGAUGUUGGUUGGCUGUCUUGGUGGGAUGCAGCUGUAUUUCUUUUCUCCCUUGACUGAUUUCUGCCCGUGGUGUUCAUCCAAAGGAACAUAUUUCUCGUUCCAGAUGCGCGACCUUCACCCAGAUAUGUCUGCUUCCGGGCUUGCUUGGCGAUCCCUCACAAGUGUGUUCUCCCUUUCUCUCUAUCUUAAGGCGGUUUCUCCUUGACAGUCACGUCAGAAUCUGUGCUUCGGGGAGGCAUCCAGGGACGCUGGACCCCUGAGCUUUAUUCGUCUGCCAGGGGAAACUUCUUUGGCGUUUGGCCUGGCAUAAGGGAUAGCUCCCGGGUCCUUUGGAUAGGAUCUCCCACGGGAUUGAUCCCUGGCUUCCAACUUAGAAUAUUGCUCUAGGAGCAUGGUGGCGAACCUUUGGCACUCCAAUUGGCCAUGCUGGCAGGGGCUGAUGGGAAUUGUAGUUCGUAACAUCUGGAGUGCCA